CGGAGUCAGCUUACGAAGCGGAACGGAAGAGUGGAAAGGGAUAUAGAUAGAAAGAUAGAUUGAUAGAUAGAUCUAUUUGAUUGAUUGAUUGAUUGAUUGAUUGAUUGAUUGACGGACGGAUCCACGGACGGGGCAGAUCGAUCCGGAGACCAACUUGGGAAACUUCGCCUGGAGGGACCAGCUCGGCUCGUGGAUGAUGGGAAAGCUCCGCGGCUCCGUGAUGCCCAUGGAUCCUCUGGGCAAAGUCGGGCUCCUGUGCCAAGCUUGCGGGUUCCUCUUGACCAACCCGCAACAGGCGGAAUGCGGGCAUCGCUACUGCCGGAGAUGCGUGAAAGGGCUCUUCAGGGACUCAGAGAGAAUAGUCUCCUGCCUUACGUGUAAGAAGGUCUUGCAUCUCAAAGAGUUCCAUAGUGACAGAGCAGCAGAGAACGACGCUCUCGACACACAGAUCGCCUGCCCAAAUUUUGACUGCAGAUGGACGGGAACUCUGAAAUCAUACCAGGAGCAUUUAUGCCUCCCUGAGGCACCUAUCGGAACUACAAAAAAUGCCACUUUGAUUCCUGAAGACCAAAAUGAGAAUAAAGAGAAGGAAGCACACUGGAGCGUUACUGCCCCUAUUAUGGGUGGUCCUUCACUGAACAUCGAAGCUGUCCAGCUGCGUAUGGAGGCAAUGGAGCUGAUGGUUGCAUCUUUGCGCCGGCAGCUGAAUCAGCAGGUCUCCAAUGUGAAAACGCUCCAACACUGCUGUUCCCAGUAUGAGGAGUUGCUCAAAAUUUCUCAGGAAACACGUAACAACCCUCAUGGAACCAAAGGUUCUGUACCAUCUACUCAAGAGCUGGCCAGCACUGAUGGAAUCUUGAUUUGGAAAGUAGAGAAUUUCUCCAAACUCCUGAAGGAUGCCAAAAGUGGGAAAAGGAAUUCCAUCUUCUCUCCGGCUUUCGCCACCCAUCCUUUCGGAUACCGCCUCUACGUCCGACUGUACCCUGAUGGAGAUGGUGUAGGCAAAGGUGGCCAUCUUUCGCUCUUCCUGGCUUUGGCCAAAGGGCCUUACGAUGACAUUCUGCCUUGGCCUUUCCGACAGAAGGUCACCUUCUCUCUCUUGGAUCCCACACGAAGGAAGUCGCCUCUGAUGGAGACCUUCCUCCCAGAUCCCCAAAGCACCUCUUUCCAGCAACCUCACCAGAAACUCAAUGUGGCCAGUGGAAGCCCUCUAUUUGCCAGCCAUACUGAGAUUCCCAGCUACCUCAAAGAUGACACGCUCUUCCUCAAAAUAGUGGUGGAUUUGACAGGGAUAGACAUUUAAUCAGCGGUGGGAUUCACUUACCUUCCCUACCGGUUCGCAAAUGUGAGAUUUCAUGUGGCCUUCUGCGCAUGCGCAGUGCUCACAUGUUACAUCCGGGCAGGUGGGCGGAGCCUCCUGCAGUCGCCGCUACUGGUUCACCCGAUCUGGAGAGAACCGGCUGAAUCCCACCACUGCAUUUAAUGCUGGAAAGAGAUGGAGAGAUUUCUAUGGUGAACUUAUGCCGCAUUUCUAUCACUUUUGAUACUUCAAUUUUUUAAAAAAAUCAAAUCUUUUUUUUUUUCUUCACUAUUACCCAACUGUGUCAACCACAAUUUCUGUUUCAAAACAGAUCAUCAACUGCUUCUCAGGGUCAUCUAAAACCUGCUUGUUGUUUUGGCUUGAAAUCACGGGAAAUUGAUCUUUCAUUAUCCUCAGACUGAGGUUGGACAUUCACUAAACCAGGGAUCGGCAACCCGUGGCUCUGGAGCUGCAUGUGGCUCUUUCAUCCCUCUGCUGUGGCUCCCUGUCGCCAGUCGGCUCCACAAUUGAUAGGGCUUUCGGUUAGGACAGGUAGAGGAAAAAAGAGGUCAAGCUAGGAGGAGACUCUAUGGUGGGGGAACUGGACUUCCGGUUGGCUCCAGAAUAGAACGGGAACCGGGGCUUCCGGUUCGAACUUUUGUGGCUCUUUGAGUGUUUAAGGUUGCCUCCCCUACACUAAACAUUACAACCUUUAUGGGAUUUUAAUGGCCAGCUAUUGGAGAAUGUCUGUUAAAUGCAGAGAACUGUGGGAUAUGUUUUUCAGUGGUCCAGGAUGUCAAAUGCCUUCCUAUAAAUAUCCAAUCCUGAGUAAUAACUACUAUAUUUAUCUGGGCGGGGAGAAAACCCAGCUUCUCCAGAUCAGAGCAUUACCAUGGGACAGUUGUAAAUUGAUAAACCAGGAAGAUCAAUUUUUGCUUAUCUGUUAACCUGUGAUGUGGCAAUCCAAGGACAUGUUUCUUAUGGACAAAGUAGAAUAAUAUGUACACAAAUAUAUAUGUCCAAAGUGCAGAUGUUCAGUUUAUUACACUGCUUUCAGUUUGUUAAAAAUACACAUUUGGCAUAAAAUGACGAAGCAGAAAAGUUUUCCACUGAUGACUCUUUGUGAUAAGUUAUUAUGUAUGGGAAUUACAACACAAAACAGGAUGUUUGCUGUGGUAUAUUGUUACAUGUGUAUGUGUGCAUUUGGGGAGUGUUUCCCUAUUAAAUAUUAGCAUGGAUUGAAGGAACCUGAUUGUUUUAAAACACCAAUUUUAAUUGUUAAUUAUAUCCAUCACACUAUUUAUGGAAAAGGGACUUUGCAAUAACAACUAAGGAUUUUAGGAUGUACAUCCUUAGUCUUGACAUUUUUUUUCUACCUCGCAUUAUUAUUUAUUAUCAACUCUGGUAUUUAUUAUGUAAGACUACCUGUGUAUUGAUAUGCAAAUAAAACAUAUUUAUACGAUUGA